CGGGGCUGGCGGUCUCCGCAGCGCGAGGAGGAGGAAGAGCAGGAAGGAUCCAGGGUGUCUGCGGAGCGCGGGGGGCUGAGGACCACCCGCCUCCCUCUGCGCGGGCGCCUUUGUGUCCCCCAGCCCCGGCGGAGCGAGGGGCCGCGGGCAGGGGAGCGGAUGCGAAGAGCGGCUGGUGCUGGAGGGGAGAGAGAGAGAAAGGGGGAUGGUGGAAGAUUUCUCUCCUUUUUUUUUUUAUUUUUUUUGGUGGUCUCUUCGGCAGCGGCUGUUCUUCCCCAGCAGCAGCAGCGGCGGCAGCGGCAGCAGCAGCAGCAGCACAGGCAAUGACUCUGCCGCAUCCGAAUCGCCUGGCCGGUGGUGCCGGCUCCGGAGACAUCACCUUGCUCUGAAGUUGCCCACCUGGAGGAGGUAAAUCGGAGCGGGGCUUUCGUCCAGAGGGGUCGGCGACGGCGGGGAAGAGAAGGGAGCGAUCGCCUCCCCCAUCCCCACAUACCCUCGUCCUCCGGGAGGAAAGCUUGUGUAGCAGAAGAACACGGCAGAAAAGGAAAGACUUUUACUCCUUUCUAUUUUUCCUUUUUUUUUUUUUCUUUUUUCUUUUUUUUUUUUUUUAAUUUUUCCUUGCUUGAGCGACGUUCCGGUCUUCUCGUCCGCCCCCCUUUUCCUCUUGGCUGGGGGCUUUGGUACUGUGAAGCCAGGUCUGCUUCCUACUCCCACCCCUGGUUUUAAUGGCUGGAUUGUGGCAGCAGCUCCCUGCUGCAGGUUGUUGAGGAUCCGAUGGGGACUCGCAUCUCAGGAGCCGGCGGUGACUAAAGAAAUGUUGAAUACAGUACUCUGCAAAAAAUAGCGUGUGGAUUUCUUGCACCUGAAGAACAAGAAAAGGUCUCAGACUCUGGAUACUGGCUGUGGGAUUUUUUUAUUGUUAUUAUUUUUGAUUGUUUUUUUCCUCCCUUUUUGGAUGUGAAUUGAAGGCCAACAACAGUUUGAAGUGUUGGAAGCAAGUGCAGGAGGACGCUCACCUUUUUAUUUGAACCUUUGUUUGCUGGGAUACUUUCAAGCUCUCCUUCACAGUCAUGUGGUCAUCACAGCUGCUGUUCUUCACAAUGCUCUUAACACCGUUUUCCCAUGCUUUCAGCCGUGCCCCAGUGCCCAUGGCUGUGGUCCGGAGGGAGCUGUCCUGCGAGAGUUACCCCAUCGAGCUGCGCUGCCCGGGCACAGAUGUCAUCAUGAUCGAGAGCGCCAACUACGGCAGGACCGACGACAAAAUCUGUGACUCUGAUCCUGCUCAGAUGGAGAAUAUCCGCUGUUAUCUGCCAGAUGCCUAUAAGAUUAUGACUCAAAGGUGCAGUAACCGGACCCAGUGCGCGGUUGUUGCCGGCCCCGACGUGUUUCCAGACCCCUGCCCUGGGACCUACAAGUACCUGGAAGUGCAGUACGAGUGUGUCCCUUACAUUUUCCUUUGCCCUGGGCUGCUGAAGGGAGUUUACCAGAGCGAGCACCUCUUCGAGUCCGACCACCAGUCGGGCGCCUGGUGCAAGGACCCUCUGCAGGCGUCGGACAAGAUCUACUACAUGCCCUGGACGCCGUACCGCACGGACACGCUGACGGAGUACUCCUCCAAGGACGACUUCAUCGCCGGCCGGCCCACCACCACCUACAAGCUGCCGCACCGCGUGGACGGCACGGGCUUCGUGGUGUACGACGGCGCGCUGUUCUUCAACAAGGAGCGCACCCGCAACAUCGUCAAGUUCGACCUGCGCACGCGGAUAAAGAGCGGCGAGGCCAUCAUCGCCAACGCCAACUACCACGACACCUCUCCCUACCGCUGGGGGGGCAAGUCCGACAUCGACCUGGCCGUGGACGAGAACGGGCUCUGGGUGAUCUAUGCAACAGAACAGAACAACGGCAAGAUCGUCAUCAGCCAGCUGAACCCUUACACGUUAAGGAUCGAAGGGACGUGGGAUACCGCCUACGACAAGAGGUCAGCCUCCAACGCCUUCAUGAUCUGUGGGAUUUUGUAUGUGGUGAAGUCUGUGUACGAGGAUGACGACAAUGAAGCCACAGGGAAUAAAAUAGACUACAUAUAUAACACUGACCAAAGCAAGGAUAGCAUGGUGGAUGUGCCCUUUCCAAACUCCUACCAGUACAUUGCUGCUGUGGAUUAUAAUCCCCGGGACAACCUCCUGUAUGUGUGGAACAACUAUCACGUUGUAAAAUACUCCUUGGAUUUUGGACCGCUGGACAGCAGAGCAGGGCAGGCUCACCACGGGCAGGUUUCCUACAUUGCCCCACCGAUCCACCUGGAUUCGGAUCUGGAGAGACCGCCAUCCAAGGGAGUGUCCACCUCGGGGGCCGUGGGCCCGGGGAGCACCGCGGCCAGCACCACGGCGCGGGCGGCCACCAGCAGCACGGGCCGCAGCGGCAGCACCACGGCGGCCGCGGGCAGGAGGAACAGGAGCACCAGCACGCCGUCCCCCGUGGCCGACGUCCCCGAGGACAUGACCACGCACCUGCCGCCCGCCUCCUCCCAGCUGCCGCCCGCCGGCGCCGAGAGCUGCGAGCCCCUGGAGGCCCGCGACAUCAUGUGGUCCCGCACCCGGCAGGGCCAGGUGGCCAAGCAGCCCUGUCCCUUGGGCUCCAUCGGUGUUGCAACUUUCCGGUGUCUGGCGCCUGAUGGUAUCUGGGAACCCCAAGGACCUGAUCUCAGCAACUGCUCUUCACCCUGGAUCAACCACAUCACUCAAAAGAUGCGCUCGGGGGAGAUGGCGGCCAACAUCGCGCGGGAGCUGGCGGAGCACACCCGCAGCCACCUGUACGCCGGCGACAUCGCCUACUCCGUGUCCGCCAUGGUGCAGCUCGUCAACCUGCUGGACGUGCAGCUGCGCAACCUGACCCCCGGCGGGAAGGACAGCGCCGCGCGCAGCCUCAACAAGCUUCAGAAAAGGGAGCGCUCUUGCAGGGCCUAUGUCCAGGCCAUGGUGGAGACGGUGAACAACCUGCUGCAGCCGCAGGCUCUGAACGCGUGGCGGGACCUGAACGCCAGCGAGCAGCAGCGCGCGGCCACCAAGCUGCUGGACACGGUGGAGGACAGCGCCUUCGUGCUGGCUGACAACCUGCUGAAGACAGACAUCGUCCGGGAGAGCACCGACAACAUCCAGCUGGAAGUUGCGAGACUGAGCACAGAUGGGAACCUGGAGGAUCUGAAGUUUCCCCAGAACAUGGGCCAUGGGAGCUCCAUUCAGCUGUCAGCAAAUACCUUGAAGCAAAAUGGUCGAAAUGGUGAGAUCAGGGUGGCUUUUGUGCUGUACAACAACCUGGGCACCUAUCUCUCCACGGAGAACGCCAGCAUGAAGUUGGGAACGGAAGCGAUGUCAACCAAUCACUCGGUCAUUGUCAACUCCCCUGUCAUCACAGCAGCAAUAAAUAAAGAGUUCAGCAAUAAGGUUUACCUGGCUGAUCCUGUGGUGUUUACUGUCAAGCACAUCAAGCAGUCAGAGGAAAAUUUUAACCCAAACUGUUCAUUCUGGAGCUACACGAAGCGUACCAUGACAGGGUAUUGGUCCACCCAGGGCUGUCGCCUCCUGACAACCAACAAGACACACACCACGUGCUCCUGCAACCACCUCACCAACUUUGCAGUCCUGAUGGCACAUGUGGAAGUUAAGCACAGUGAUGCAGUCCACGACCUACUCCUGGACUUCAUCACAUGGGUUGGCAUCCUGCUUUCACUGGUCUGCCUGCUGAUCUGCAUCUUCACCUUCUGCUUCUUCCGUGGGCUGCAGAGCGACCGCAACACGAUUCACAAGAACUUGUGCAUCAGCCUCUUCGUGGCAGAGCUCCUCUUCCUCAUCGGCAUCAACCGGACUGACCAGCCGAUUGCCUGUGCCGUCUUCGCUGCCCUCCUGCACUUCUUCUUCCUGGCAGCUUUCACCUGGAUGUUCCUGGAGGGGGUGCAGCUGUACAUCAUGCUGGUGGAGGUUUUUGAGAGCGAGCACUCCCGGAGGAAGUAUUUCUAUCUGGUGGGGUACGGCAUGCCUGCGCUGAUCGUGGCCGUGUCGGCAGCGGUGGAUUACCGGAGCUACGGCACGGACAAAGUAUGUUGGCUCCGACUUGACACCUACUUCAUUUGGAGCUUUAUAGGACCGGCGACCUUGAUAAUUAUGCUUAAUGUCAUCUUCCUUGGGAUUGCUCUCUAUAAAAUGUUUCAUCAUACUGCCAUACUGAAACCUGAAUCUGGAUGUCUUGACAAUAUCAAGUCCUGGGUUAUAGGUGCAAUAGCCCUACUCUGCCUAUUAGGACUGACCUGGGCAUUCGGACUCAUGUAUAUUAACGAAAGCACAGUCAUCAUGGCGUAUCUCUUCACCAUAUUCAAUUCUCUGCAGGGAAUGUUUAUAUUCAUUUUCCAUUGUGUCCUCCAGAAAAAGGUGCGUAAAGAGUACGGGAAAUGCCUGCGCACACAUUGCUGUAGUGGGAAAAGUACAGAGAGUUCUAUCGGCUCAGGAAAAACCUCGGGGUCAAGGACACCUGGAAGAUAUUCCACAGGCUCACAGAGCCGGAUCCGUAGGAUGUGGAAUGACACAGUUCGAAAGCAGUCCGAGUCUUCCUUUAUUACUGGAGAUAUCAACAGCUCAGCUUCACUCAACAGAGAAGGAGGAAGGACGCCCAAGCAGGAGCCGGUGUUCAGGCGAGUCACCAUGGAGGACAGUGUCAUCUAGCCUGCCCCGUGCCAGUGCACCUCCCCAGCUCCUCUGUGCCUCAGCUCACCCGUCCCUCCCUUGGGAUCGUGCCCAGGAGAGGCUGGAGCAGCUGGCCUGGACCAAACCCUCAGCAAACCCUCGCAUCCCCACGGAGAGACAGCCCGGCUGAGAUUCCCGCUGCAGCGCCCUCGCCGUCUGGCCGCUCGUCUCUUUUUUUAGGAUGAGCAGAACGGGUGAAAAUCGUCUUUUGUAAUAAGAAAUUAGUUUCACCUGCUGCAACCACUGACUUAAAAAUGGCUGAGUGUGCUUAAUCCACCGUCCUGAGGCUCUCUCCAUGCUCUCAAGCUGGGCUGUGUAAAGGGGAACCUGCCAGAUCCAGGUUGCUGUUGUAAAUACAGACCUGUCAGUGCGAAGAGCCAACAAGGCAAGGAGCAGAGGGACAGAGAAGUACUCCUUGCACCAGAAGAAGCUGAAUGUGCCAGCAGAGUACUGUCAAGUGAAGCUGCUGCUUGUAAAUAGGGACCGGCAUGUGUCCAGCAGCAGCUCCACUUGGCCAAAGCUUCUCGGGGGAAAGCUGCUCAGAUUUUAUUGUCUUGUGUAAAUAGAAAUAUUUUUUUGAGGAAAAAAAAAAGAAAAAAACGAGCCUUAGUAUCUUGAAGCUAGCGUUUCUCAAUCAGCUCAGCUGGGGAUGGAUGUGUGGGAGCCCACGGGAUCUGCCUGCUGCAGGCUGGCACAGGCUCUCACCGCGGGGGCAGCAGGAUGGAUGAAGGAGGAUGGACUCGGCAGACGUUCCUCCCCAGCCCCUGGAGACAGGGUGAACUCACUGGUCCCAUGGUCUCUGCUGGUGUAAAUACUCAGCUGCAGCCCACAGAGGACUCCUUGGACUGCUUGGUGCAGUGGUGGGAGGGGGGAGGAGGGUGGGAUGGGCAGAAAUCAUCAGAGGGAUGCAAAACCCCAUCAGCGUGGUGAUCCCCAGGCUUUUGGCAUCAGUUAAAAAAAAAAAAAAAAAAAAAAAAGAAAAAACCAAUCCCUGAAGGCUUAUCCAUGGUGUUGGGCUGGGUAAAUGGAGGCAUGCCUAGACAUGCUCUGUGUUGAUGUCAGCCAGUGCCUGUCUGUGCAGUUCUGUGUCUGUGGCUGUGUCUGGCCACUGCUGGUCCCCUGUGUGUGUGCGGUGCCCUUGAGAGAGGAGAGAAAAUGGAUGUGUGUGCUGUGCCCAUGAGAGAGGAGAGAAAAUGGGUGUGUGUGCUGUGCUGCCCUUUAUACACCCCAGCACCCUCGAGGAGUCAUAAGUAACAAUGCUAGGUCCAGCUUUAGUAGCACAAAUGCAGGGUAGUGUCCACAUCUCUCCAGGGAAUGAGGCUUGGCAGGCAGGGGGAUGGUGUUGGCUGAGUGAGAGCUGAUACAUCUCUGCUCUGCACUGAGUUGUCACCCACUGUCCCCUGGCGUGGCACAGUGCUCAUCUGCAAACGCUGCCAGCAGAGCAGGGCUGCACUCCAGCGUGGGUGCUGGCAGGAUGGAGCUUUGGGGUUUCCCUUUCAUAACUCACCACCCAAAGCUCACUUAUGCCUUAUUUACUCUGAGUCCAACUGUUCGGAUUCACGCAGUGCAGGGAAGUUAGGAAAAGAGAGUGAAAUUAGGAAUUGAAAUCAGAAAAAAGCCUGUAUGUGAGAAGAAAACAGAUAUUUUUGAAAAUUACCCCCAGUAACUUUCUAUGGACAUAGAAGUUUCUCUUCAGCUUAGCAUUUUGCAGGAAAGCAGUGCCAGGGUGAAGUGUCUUCCCCAUGAAGAAGCAGAUAGCAUGAAACAACUGUUGCACUGUUUAGCACAGCACUGGGGCCAAAGCCCCUUUACCUUUGCAAGGAAUGGACAGUGGGCAAUCAACAGAAAUGGAAAGCUGCCUCAAAUUCCUGAGGGGUGUGGGCAUCUAGAGUGGUAAUUUGCUUGCAGUGGUCCAAGGUGAGCUGCAGGGAUAGUCUUUUCCACUUGAAUACUUGAAUACCUCCUGUCAUCCAGCUGUGUGUGUUACCAUUCAGACCUAACAACUGCCAGUGCCAAGUGAUUUAUAUAUUUAUCAGGCCAUUUAUUUAUGUAUCAAACCAGUGCACAGGAGGCACUGUGCUUUCAUCUGCCACAUGUGGACACCUCUUCCUUUGCCCACUUCUCCAGCCUUUUAUAGUGUCCCCAGGCAAGCUGCCCAUCAUCUUAGGGAGGCUGUGGUUUCCUCCCCAGUGAAGGCUGCUAGCCUUUUUUCCAGGGAGAAAAAUAGUGAAAGAUAUGAGCAACACACCCUGACUUUGUGCUGGAAAUGUGCUGAAAGUCAGCUAGUGCAUUAAGCAAAAUAAAUAACUCCAAAAUGUUUGAAAGUUCGUGAUCUUUCACAGACAUGAGGGGACCAUUCUCACAGCUUCUAGGGCCCCAAAGGGCAAUGCUAAAUCCUGAACCCAAGGCUUCCUGACCCUGGGGAGGGUUGAGGAGCAGCAUGGGGAAAACACAGGGGCAGCAAUUACGGGAAAGAAGAUAUUCCCUGGUUUUACUAGAUGGCAGGAAAGCAGAACUCCCCUGGGUUGGGUCGAGUGGUGGAUUUUUUUUAAUGGAGCACUCACUAUUAGUUCCUUUCCCCAGACAAUCACAUCAUACCUUAAACCCUUGCCUUUAUGUCUAGAAGAGUUAGUUAUUCUUGGAGGUGUUUACAAUAAAUUCCAGUGUCUCUCUCCAACCCUAAAGUGGCUGACGCCCCACAACUGACAGUUGUAAAGAUGAGCCAGACCAACCCCGAGUCCUAAUAAAAAUGAUGAAUCCCACCCACUGCAUCCAUAUCGAUGGCACACAGGUCACACGUGGAGAUGAGCAGUGAGAAGGGGGAGGCAGAUAAUCACUGAAAAUUGUGUGUGGGAGGUGCUGUUACCAAGCCCACCCGGCAGAGUUUUGAUUUAAUCCAGCCCUGAGUCAAUACUGAUUGACAUUUCACUUGCUUUCCAUAUCGUAACUGGACUUCCUUACUCCUCAGGCAUGGAAUGAAUCUUAAUACAUUGUAAUUACUGUACUCCUGGUGGUGAACCGGUAUGAAAAGCUAUCACAGAAAGCAUUAAUAAAAUGUACAUUAUGAAAAAGAACUCGGCAUUGUCUGAAAUUAAUAAUGCACCAGAUUUUUCUCAUCCACGCCUGCUCAUUACAGGCCUGCCCUUGAGUUUUCUAUUAAAAUGACUUAUUCAAACUACUUGUGUAGCUGUGUUCAGCGUGAAGUUAUCUGCUGUAGGUUUGCAUCCCAGUUAGAUGUACCGCAUGAGGACUUAUUAAUCUGUUAUAUCUUCGAGGCAUUGAUUUUGGUGACAUUUAUAUAACGCUGGUGUGACUGAAAUGAACUGAUUGAUUCAUGCCUAUGGAUUAGUUUGCCUAAGACUCUGAGGCUAGGUAGCUUUAUCAUGCACUGUAACGCCAGAAUUCAUCACUGUAUUAUUUACGAGAGACUGAACUGGCUGCAUCUCAACAACUGAAGAGAUCUUCACUGUUUUAUUUAUGUAUAAAUGUUUACUUAAUCAGCCGCCAAUUUUGUUUAGCGGAAUUUGUUCGCAAACGGAAAUUGUAAACGAUAACGUGGUUGCUAUUUUAAAAUUUAUAGGCUUUCAUCUAGAGCAAAACCCAAGAUUUCCAAAGUGUCUUUGUCUACUGGCAAUCAACGAGCUCUCUUGUAUAUGCUUUCUGGUAAUUGCAAUUAGCUGCUGCAAUAUUUCAUAUAAAA